AUGGAUAUGAAUGAGCCGAUGCUGCUCCUGAGUUCCUGGGUUGGUCAAAUUGGUGAUGUUGGUCUUGAUUUGCUGUGGCGUUUCAUACACCUUGUUGUGAGCUUAUGCCACGUUGUCUCUGGCAUCUUUGAGGCUAUCGAAAGCUAUGUGAUAUCGUUAGGAUUGAUUCAAAAGUACAAUUCCAUCGAUUUCGAGAAACUCCGGUGUCUAGCUGUUGUGGUGGACAUCGAAGUAGCUCGAGAUAUUUCCAAGGUUAUUGAGCUUUUGCAAUGGCUGGCGACUAUUGGGGUGAAACAAGUUGGCCUCUUUGACUCGCAAGGUUUAUUGAAGAAAUCCAAGGAUAUGAUCCUUGAAAUCGUGCCGGGUUCAGUGUUGUUACCGGACACUGGUGAAAAGAAUUUUUCGCCUGGCCAAAAUCGCAUUGCUAUAGAAUUCAUCUCGUCUUCCGACAAUAAAGAAGCUGUUGUGAAAGCAGCCAACAUACUACUCGAGAAAUACUUGAAAUCCAGCCAUCCCGAGAACGAUAAAGGGGAAGACUUUUUCACAGAGUCUCAUUUGAACGAAGCAUUAACAGUCGUUGGUGAUAAUGUACACGUGCCUGAUCUGUUGCUGGUUUAUGGACCUGUAAGGAGCCACCUUGGUUUCCCUGCUUGGAGACUUCGAUACGCUGAGAUAGUACAUAUGGGAUCUUUGAAGUAUAUGAGAUAUGGUUCCCUUUUGAAAGCAAUAUACAAAUUCACAGGGGUGCGCCAAAACUAUGGUAAGUCUUUCAUCUUCCAUUAUUAUACUUAG